AGCGGGACCUUUAGAGCUGCACGGUCACCACUGGUUCUCUUGGCAAAUUGCCAGCGGCAAUCAAGCCCAUCGACACGAGGCUUUUCUCUGCAGUGACAUACAGACGCCACUUGAGUGCUGGUUCUCGCAGUGCGGCCAUUCUUCAGAUAACAGCGCUGGCGCGUGCUGCCUGUCGGAACAGUUGCCGCGGCGCCACUUAGUAUAAAUCUUUCCACUCGCUCAACUCGCAGUCGAGUAUCCUCCACUGUUCGUGUCCCUCCCAACCGUCCUGGUCCCUAUCUCAGCUCCGCUGUGGAUGCUUCUCUUUUCCACACCCAAGCCCUCAUCCUCCUGCAUGAAGAAAUCUGACAAUCCCGACGACAUCGACAUGAGCACAGCGUGGCUUGAGCAAGCGACUGACGAGCCGCGUCAAGAUGCACAAGCGGUGGCUCUACCGUCGCUGCAGUUCGCCGCCAACCGGCACCGACUGGCGGCUAUUAUGAAUACGGAAGACGUCGCCACGGCUGCUGCUGCAGCGGCAAUUGUUGGUCGUGCGACGGCCGUGGGGGCUAGCAAGAGCUCUCUCGCCUUUAUCCUUGGGGGCAACGCGGACGAGGACCAAACCCAUUCGACUGGCCCAAGCUUUGCUGAUCGCACGGUUGCUUCAAGUGCUUCUGCGACGGAGAACAGAGCGGCCAAUGUACCAACGCCGGCGAAAGCUUCGGUGAAGAAGUCUCGCAUUUGCAAGUUUGAGAAUUGCACUCGCUACGUGGUAAACCGUGGACUUUGCAUUGGCCACGGCGGCGGCAAGCGAUGCGCUGUCGUGGGGUGCACGAGUAGUGCUAAAAAUUUAGGUGUGUGUUGGAAACACGGUGGCUCCACCAAAUGCACUGUGGCAGGUUGUGAGAACCGUGCUAAGUCUCGUGGUGUUUGCUGGUCUCACGGUGGAGGUCGGAAAUGCAGCGAGGAAAACUGCACCAAAACGGCAGUCUCUCACGGUCUUUGCUGGGCUCACGGAGGAGGCAAGAGGUGCGUCGUGGAAGGAUGCCGUAAGCCUGCUUACGAGCGCAACGGCAACGUGUGUUCUCUGCAUCAAGCUACUGGCGCUUCGCAAAAAUCUGCCAAGCGAUGAUGGUAGUCCCCGCUCGUUUUGCAAGCGUGCUCAUAGAGAAUCAUAGGAGACUUUCAGCAGCUCCACACGCACUGGAGGUUCGCUGCGGGGAGUAGGGAGGCGCGUUGAAUAUUUAUUGUCAUGAUAGUUUUGACGCACUUCGAACCUUGUAGAAAAAGGCAACUCAAAUUUUUCUUGCAAUUUGCUGGUGUGUCCACUGAAAAGCUGUCAGCGAAAACGGUA